AAAUCAUCUAAUCGUUUGGCUGCUUUAAAUAAAAUUCCUGAAGAACAAUUAAGUCAUCCUAAAGGUGAAGUUGAAAAAUUAUUCUCUUUUGAGGUGACAUCUCCAGAAGUAUCCGAUGUUGAAGAAAUGGUUAGUUCAUCGAAUGAUAAAGGUCAUAUAUCUGAAUUUGAAUCUAGAAAGAAGUUAUUGGUACCAGUUCUUCCUUGGAUGAGUGAUGAGAGAAUUCGUAUUCGUAACCUUGCAGAUGAUGUAAUCAAGCUAACUCAAGUAGAAAAGUUAAAUUCCAGAGGCCGUCAUUCUUACACCACUCCUAUGUAG